AUGGAGUACGUCUCCGACGGCGGCGUCGAAACGCUGAGCAUUCUUCGUUCGUCGUCCACGCCGCGUGAAAUUUAUCUGGUCGGCACCGCGCACGUGAGCGAGCGAAGCGCGAGGGAGGUUCGCGAACUCAUCAGACUGGUCAAGCCGAGCGUAGUCCACGUCGAGCUCUGCGAGCAGCGAUUGCGGACGAUGCGCGAGCGCAUCGUGGACGACGAAGAGAAGAAACCGGAUUUUCUCGGGGCGUUCGCGGGCGGCAACGUCGGCGACGGUUUGCUGCAGGCGGCGUUUAAAACAUUCUAUAGCUUCUUCAAAUUGAGCGGACUCGACCCCGGCGCUGAGUUUAAGGAAGCAGUAAAAGAGGCGGGUUGCAUUGGGGCGAAGAUCGUGUGCGCGGACAGAGACGUGACGAUGACUUUGCGCCGGCUACGCGAAAGCGUGACAACGAUGGACGUCAUGGCCAUCGUGAUGGGUCGUACGCGACCGGGCGGUCCUCCGCCGCCGAGCGCUAUGGGUGGAUCCAUGGAUAACAUCGAACACAUCGUUGAAAAUCUCAAGACGCGGAGGCACAUUCGUGAGAUGCGCGAAUAUUUGGCAUAUCAGAUGCCCAAAAUCGCGCGAGUCUUUGUGGACGAACGCGACGAAAUAAUGGUCGAAGCUUUACUUCGGUGCAAAGGCGAGCGCGUCGUCGCCGUCGUCGGCAUGGCUCAUAUGGAUGGCAUCGAGCGACGAUGGGAAGAAGCGCAGAAACGCCUUCGUUUGAAAGUUGGUUAG